GAAAAGCCAAAAAAAUGUUCCAAUCAGUUGCAGUCGCGAAUUAGCGUCGCACAGACGCGGUGUCUCGCUCAAGUGUUCCUUGCUCGCUCCAUCUGCUCUCUCGCUCCCUCGCGGAAGUCCGAUAGUUUCGAUAGCUCGUCCCUGUUGGCACAACGGUAAACGUUUCGAAAUGGUCCACCUAAAUGAGAAAGCGGAGGAUCAGCUGAUGACCACAAGGAUUUCGGAGCUUCAGGAUUGGCUGCAGGCGCAGCCACAGUUGCCGCAAAAUAUAUCCCGAUUGCUUCUGCGCCGCUUUCUGCACACGACGCGGGGUGAUCUAUCCGCCGCCCAGCGACUCUUGGAACUCAAUUACGGACUGCGCAACAAGCAUGCCCACAUCUUCAUCGAUCGCGAUCCGUUGGAUGCCAGUUCCCAGCAGCUACUGCAAGUCGCAGAUCUGGUGCCGUUGCCCGGCUUGACCCCGGAGAACAACAAGCUGCUCUUUUACCGCCUCAUCGACUUCGAUGCGGACAAGUUCAACUUUACGGCUGCCACCAAGGUCUUCUUCAUGGUGGCCGACUGUCGAUUUGCGACGGAGAACGAGGAGCGUUUGUCGGAUGGGGAGAUACCAGUUUUCGACAUGGCUGGCUAUACGCUGCGCCACCUGACCAAAACCGCACUGGGCGCCCUGCGUGUCUACAUGAAGUUCGUCCAGGAGGCGCAUCCCGUUCGGCUCAAGGAGAUCCACGUGCUCAACUGCCCGUCGUACGUGGACAAGGUGAUGGCCGUGGUCAAGCCGUUCAUCAAGGGAGAGGUGUUCAAGCUAAUCCACUUCCAUUUGCCGAAUGCGGACACUCCAUAUCGCCACUUCCCCCGCUCCAUGUUGCCUGAGGAAUACGGCGGAGAGGCGGGCAAGAUGUCCGACCUGAAGCUCCAGUGGAUGCAGUUGCUCAAGGAGCAGAGGGACUAUCUGAUGGAUACGGAAAACUGGCAAAUAAACAAAAUCAAAAAGAAUGGCCAACGAAAGUCCAGUGAUGCAGGAGUCACGCAGGCUCUACGUUCCCUCGAAAUUGAUUAGUCGCCAUGCGCACAACUGUACCUUUAUUUUUUGAGCCUUUAGCGAUUUUCACAUAUCUUAAACUUUUUACCCUUCAAGUGAACUGCAAGUGUUAUCAGAUACGAUAGGAAAAUCCAAUUGUGGUCAAGACACUUUGGCCAAAUUGUGGUGAAUGUGAAAAUCGGAAAAUAGGCUUGGCUAUCUAUUUUAUUUUUGCUUUGUUCCCGUUUGUUUUCCCAGCUGGGCUUGGGUCUAUGUAAAUAUAUAUAUAUAUUAUAUUAUAUACUUAACAUUCUA